GGAUUUCCAGGCUUCCAGUGAGCUCUGUGUAUUCCUGCCUCUCUAUCUUAGGAUCUAUGCGGCUUCAACGACAGCAAAGACGGAACGGUUGUAUCUUUAAUAGCCACAGAAAGGCCUAUAUAUUGCACAUUGGAUCUUUUUUCUACAUGCGAAUCCAAUCGGAAUAAAUAAUUGAGGAAUGUGGAAAUUACAGAAUGCCCAACAGCGCUGGAAAGAGAUUUAAACCCACCAAAUACAUCCCAGUGUCCACUGCUGCCACACUCCUUGUGGGAUCGACCACUUUAUUUUUCGUUUUCACGUGUCCCUGGUUGACAAAGGUAGUCUCUCCCGCUGUGCCUCUCUACAAUGGCCUGGUCUUCCUCUUUGUCUUGGCCAACUUCAGCAUGGCAACCUUCAUGGACCCUGGUGUUUACCCCAGAGCGGACGAGGACGAGGACAAGGACGAUGAUUUCAGAGCGCCGCUCUACAAGAACGUGGAGAUCAAGGGCAUUCAGGUCCGGAUGAAGUGGUGCGCCACCUGUCACUUCUACAGGCCGCCUCGCUGCUCGCACUGCAGCGUCUGUGACAACUGUGUGGAGGACUUUGACCACCACUGUCCAUGGGUGAACAACUGCAUUGGACGGAGGAACUACCGCUACUUUUUCCUCUUCCUGCUGUCGUUGAGCAUCCACAUGGUGGGAGUUUUCUCCUUCGGCCUCAUCUUCGUCCUCCACCACCGAGAGAAGCUGGCAGCACUGCACACCACUGUCACUCUGGUGGUGAUGUGUAUAGCGGGGCUUUUCUUUAUUCCAGUCAUGGGGCUAACAGGUUUCCAUAUGGUGCUUGUGGCUCGAGGUCGAACAACCAAUGAACAGGUGACGGGCAAGUUUCGUGGAGGAGUAAAUCCCUUCACUAAGGGUUGCUGUGGCAACGUGGAGUAUGUCUUAUGUAGUCCCCUGGCACCUAGGUACAUGUUGGACCCCAAGAAAAAGCCCCAUGUCAAAAUUCAGCCCCCAUUCAUCCGACCUGACCUGUCAGACAGGCAGAUCACCAUCAAGAUCAGCGACAACGGCAUCCACAGCACCAUUAUCAGCUCUAAGUCUAAAAGCAGCCUGGACGGCCUGGACGAGAAAGAAACCCAGCCACCGCUGCCACCCAAAGCCGACAGGUACAACCAGCUGAAGAGUCAGAUGACCUCCAGCGAAGAUGGCUCUCUUUCUGGUAAGACCCAUCCUUCCACUCCAGCCAUGUACAAAUUCAGACCGUCCUUUGGCACCAUUCCUAAAGUCCACUACCACACUGCAGGAGAGAAGAUUAUCAUGCCAGACGACAGGAAGACUCCAGCCAUCUUGGAAGAGGGCGUCCGUGGUCAUGACUACCGAUCUGAGCCGAACCUGGACCUGCCUGAGUACACCAACGCUCCCCUCCACCGCACCUUCCAGUCCUCUCCCCUCCAGUUGGACUCUGACCCCAUCAACUCCCGCUCUCUCAGCCUGAAGCAGGGUCAGCGCCGGCCAGAGAAGGGCCAGCUCCCAGCCCUGCAGCCGCAGACUGUCACCUCCACCCCGUACAAGAGCGUCUUCUCACCCAACACACUCUCCAACCGUAACGGCAGCUUGUCUUAUGACAGCCUGCUCAACCCCAGCAUCUCCCCAGGCACUGCCAAUGAAUGCAUGGCCCAUCGUGGUAUGCCCUCCAUGGGGUUCCACUCGCCCUACCUGCCCACCAAAAUGUGCCACAUCCGGGAACCUGAAAUGCAGAGGCACCAGGUCCCCCCCACCUACAGUCCAGUGAUGCCACCCAGGGGGGUGGGCAGGCAAUCCCCUCACCUAAGGGAAAGGGACCCAUCCCCGGUGCGCUACGACAACCUCUCCCAGACCAUCAUGGCCUCCAUUCAAGAGCGAAAGGAGAUGGAGGAGAGGGAGAAACGGCAGAUACUGCAUGGGCGCUCCCAGACCCACAUCUAUGCCCAAGACUCUGGCGUGUUUGAUGGGGGCUAUGGCCUACCCCCCAAUGCUUGCUACCCAGAUGGCCCUCGUGGCCCCAGCUCCAGAGGCCCAACACCCCCGGCCUAUGGAGGCUCCAGGGACAACCUGAUGGGGGUCGGGCUGGUGAGCUAUGGGCAACGAACCCCCGUGUUGCGCCAUGCCGGCUCCACGCUGGGUCGUGCCCCUAGGACAUCAUCCACCUCCCUGCACACAGAUCACAGUAGCAGCAACAGCAGCCAGAGCAGGGCCACAUGCCCUGAGGGCCCCUAUCGUUCCCCGGCCCACCAGCCCCACUCCCCCGCUAUGCCCCGAUCCCCCUCCUACUCCCACCAGAAACUCUCCUACAUCAGUGCCCAUGAGAGGACAGACUCGCCUCGCCCGGGGGGCCCAAGAGAGGCCAUGAAAGUUAAUGGGCAGAUGGACUGCCACCCCAGUGCCCAGGGCUCCACCCUCAGCCCCAGUCGCCACAGUAAUGUCAAAAAGGUGACAGGUGUAGGAGGCACCACAUAUGAGAUUUCAGUGUGAGCAGGGACACCACAUCCACAUCCACAUCCACCUCCAAUGACAACAACCACCCUGCUGCAAAGAGAUUCUCUCCUCAUGAUAUUAAAGUGAAGUCAGGGGCACAUAGCACUCACUGUUUUGGAGUUUAUUAUCCAACCAGAGGAUCUGUCUGGCCUUGUGUGGGUCUGUCUAGCCAAAUUUGUACCAGAAGGGUUGUUUGUCAGUUGAUACCGCCGCAGGCUGUUAUGUGUGAGGAGUGUCUUGUCGUUAACAUUUUGUGGCUCAUCAUCUUGGUUGUAAGAGUGGACCGUUAAUGUUAUUACUGUUGUCUCUCAGCUGUGGUCAUGAAGCGUACGUUGUUCCAAAUGUCACACAAACUUUGCUCCAGCAAACGCUGAAGGCUGAACAAAAAAAAACACUACAGAUGAAUUAAACACUGACAUCCUCACUAUGGAACUCUGUGAGAAGACUAGUGUCCUUUCUCAGUCAGUUGACCUCAAGAAGUCAAGGUGCUUCACAUUAACUCGUACUGUUUAUGCCAUCUUAAGCAUAUUUGGUGGAGCUGAACAGCUUUUAGGGGUGAUGGAGGACUGAUCAGUUAGAUCAGCAACAACUGCACUUGCAGAUGACACAAAAUAAGUGAAGGGAGAAGCUGGGAAAGGGGAUAUCGAGAUGGGAAAGUCAUCGUAUCAUGUCUGGCGGUUGCAUUCCAAAUUCAUUGAGGAAGGCCUGCUGUUGAUUGAAAGUCAAAAUAAACUUAAAUUCCUUUGUCAAAUAGAAAUUUCUCAGGAAUUAAUGCAACCAGCAGAGAUGACACCAAUUCAUACAUAAUGAAUGGCUCCUUCCUUGUCUCAGAUUAUUAGGGCUAUUUAUAGCUUACCCCCCUGUAUUCCCUUCACAAAGGUGCAGUACAUCCUGAAUGGCUUCUGUUUGUUUUAAUGAAGUUCAGUUAACAAGUGCUGGCCGGAUAUAUGAGCGUUCUGAAAAAGAUCACAACACCUCAUCCCUAUGAGUUCAGAACGAGUCCAGCCCACAACCAAAACAACUUUAUGUUCCAUCUAAAAAAAGAAAAGAAAAAAUGUUUAGUGUGCAAGUUGUUUGUGUUAUAAUCAUAGGGAUGUAACGGUGUAGAGAAACAAGCCAUUUUCCCAUGUAGUGAAAUGAAGAUGAACUGGUCACCCAUUCAUUAUUUUGUAGUUUUUUUAAAUGGUUUGUUUCCUUUUUAUAUAGUCAACCUUUCAAAAGCUAUGUUUGAUACAUCAUUUUUUAUACAGAUAAUUAAGCCUGGAAUGGAUGUUUUAUUUUGAGUGGAGUUUUUUUGUUGAUAAAUUAUAAAUUCAUUAAAUAAAGGAGGUCAUUAUAAUGGGUAAAAUCCAUAAAGUAAAUAUAGCUUGUUCUACUUUGCAGUGUAAAAAAUAUGUAUGAUGAAUUGUUAUGACAAGAGAUGUGAUAUAAGGAAGUGAUAUAUUAAAAGUCACAAUCUUUGACUAGUGACUUGCCAAUGUGUGCAGUACACAAGUCAAAGACUGGGCUUUCAAUAGAGGCUGCCUUGAGAUUUCAGUGCCAAAAAUGGCAACGCACCCUUUCGUUUCUCAGUGACAGUGAAUGGGUGACAUCACCAAGACUGAAACAUGUCAAAUCCAACAAUUUGCAGCAGCUGGCUGGUACAGCUCCAGUAUUACCUGUCACUCAGUUGAAAAACAUUUUUCUAAUAUUAUUUUUUG